AUGCCGUUUGUGAACCCGUUUGCGAAGGAGCAAAAGUCCUUCCCUGGAGUCCUAAUACCACUGUCCGGUGGCUCGCCAACAAGUAAAAUUCCAGCGAAAAAGAAAUCCGUAGGUGGCACCUUUGACGAAGAGGGUGCCGCCAGCCCCCCACCGGAAUAUGAGACCGAAUUAACCCUCGAGGCUCUGAGAGCUGAGGUUGAGGCUGCUGUUGUCUCCACCGGCCAGGACACUGCAUACGAUAUUCAAGAUAUUGGAAUGGGCCGCUAUCAAUGGCAAUUAUUUGUCCUGUGCGGAUUUGGCUGGUUUGCAGACAACGAAUCUCAUGUUCGAUUCACCACUUGUGCUCUGUUCAUUGGCCUUUGCCUUGGAUCCAUCAUCUGGGGAACCGCUUCCGACAUCAUUGGACGUCGCCUUGCUUUCAAUAUGACUCUCUUCCUAUGCGGCGUUUUUGGAAUUGCAGUUGGCGGUAGCCCAACUUGGAUCGGUGUCUGCGCUAUGUUUGCAUGUCUCGGUUUGGGUGUAGGUGGAAAUCUACCUGUUGAUGGUGCUCUGUUCCUUGAAUUUCUCCCCUUCGCGUCUGGAAACCUCCUGACUAUGCUCAGUGUAUGGUGGCCUGUUGGCCAAUUGGUUGCCAGUCUUAUCGCAUGGGGCCUUGUACCAAAGUAUACUUGUGCUGAAGGUCUACCUUCCUGCCACCUUGCGCCUGCUCCAUGCUGUGCAAAGGAAGACAAUAUGGGAUGGCGAUACUUGACUUAUAUCCUUGGCGUCCUUACGUUCCUUAUGUUCUUGUCUCGUUUCUUCCUAUUCCACCUCUUUGAAUCCCCCAAAUUCCUUCUCUCUCGUGGACGUCAGGAAGACACUGUUGCCGCCGUACACGGAAUUGCGUAUAAAAACGGAGCAAAAACUUGGCUUACCGUGGAUAUCCUCAAUGAAGUUGGAGGACAUCCAGAUGAAGUACAAAGCCAGAAGCUAAGCACUGCCGAGAUCAUCAAGAGACAGCUGAACAAAUUCUCUGGAGAACGUAUCUCCCCGCUCUUCGCAACCAAGAGCCUUGGGUUUACUACUGUCCUUCUGUGGUUUUGCUGGGCAACUAUUGGAAUGGGCUACCCUCUUUUCAAUGCUUUCUUGCCACAAUAUCUUUCUCAGGGUGGUGGUGACAAAUAUCCACCCCCAACUACUUAUACCGUAUACCGUGACUAUGCCAUUACUUCCAUUGUUGGUGUUCCUGGCUCCCUGAUUGCCUGCUACACCGUCGACAUCCCUUAUAUUGGACGUAAGGGUACUAUGGCCAUUUCUACCAUGAUCACAGGAGUUAUCCUUUUCUGCUUCACGAUAUCUCCUGACCCCAAAGUUCGUCUGGCAUGCACCUGUCUCGAGGCCUUCUUCCAAAAUAUCAUGUACGGCGUUUUAUACGCCUACACCCCUGAGGUUUUCCCAGCACCCAAUCGUGGUACCGGAACUGGUAUCGCCAGUUGCCUUAACCGUAUCUGCGGGCUACUGGCACCGAUUGUUGCCAUCUACGGUGGUGAUGCAAACCCUAAGGCGCCUGUGUAUGCAUCUGGCGGCCUCAUGUUGGCUGCAUUUGUUGCUAUGGUACUCCUUCCGAUUGAGACUAGAGGCAAAGCAUCUCUCUGA